AUGAACGCCUUCUGGCUGUCGGCGUUAUGCUGUAUCGUCAUAGUAUCUGGAGUGCACGGCCAGACCGCCAAUAUUAUCGAAAUUCCAAUUCCGACGAAUGCACCUCAAGCUUCGACAAGUUGCACAACGGCCACGUGGCUCGUCUGGUCAGACUGGUCGACUUGCUCCGAUGAGUGCGGCUCUUGUGGAGUCCAAAUGAGGACUCGUACUUGUUUGACAACUGACUCAUCGUGUACAUGUCCAGGAGGCGCAACUGGCGUUCAAUACUGUAAUCUGGACAUCUGUAGGUAUCCACGUACCACUUGCUGUAACAAUUUCAGAGUGACUUCCUAUCUGGGAAGGUUUGCCUGCCUCAACGCUACCAUUAUUUUAUGA